AUGAAUCUUUCACCAUUACAAUUAGAUACAAAUUGUUUCAAUAAUACAUCUCAUUAUCAUCCUUCUUAUUACAAUAAUAAUCUAUCAAGUUGGUCAUCAUCAUCAUCUUUACUUUGUCCAUCGACAACAAUGAAUUAUCAAACAUCAUCUGUACCAUCUGCUCUUCAACCUAUUGAAAAUUAUUGUUCAAUUGAAACAUUUUAUCCAUCCAAUUCUGAACCAAUAGCAUCAUCAUCCGAAAUGUCUUUUUAUUCUUCAUCAUCACAAUAUUCAUCGGCUCCUAUUCUUCCUUCAUCUCAUAUUUAUUCAUCUGAUGAUUUUAUUACUCCAUCAUCAACAACAAUGAUGUUACCACAAAAUCGUGCUAAUUAUACACGUCAUCAACUUGUUAUGCUUAAUGAAAUAUUUAAAAAACAUAAAUAUCCAAAUAGUUUACAAAAAACACUUAUUGCGAAAUAUAUUGGUGUCUCACGUGAUCAAAUACGUAUAUGGUUUCAAAAUAAACGUCGAAAAGUACAAUUAAUUAAUAAAGGUCAAGCUAAACAAACUAAAACUGAUAUUGAAUGUGAAUAUGGUGAAUAUCGACGACAUUUACCAAAACAUUUUCUUGAUGAUCUUUUUCAAGAAUUAUAUAAAGCUCGUGGUGCACCUGCACGUUUACCUGUUAAACGUGAUAAUAAUUCUAAAAUGAAUAAUAUUGAACAAGAACAAGAACAACAGCAACAUAUUUUAUAUUAUCCACCAACAAUGAAUUCAACUUAUUAUUAUCAAACAAAUAAUUUAAUUGAACAUGAUGAUUCAUCACAUGAACAGAAUGAUGAACAAUAUUUAACGAAUUAUGCUCAUCAUAUAUAUUCAGAUCGUUUAUAA